CUCGCAAAGUCGUGUUUCGGGUAUGGGUGCAGUAGCUAGUGACUCCUCUGGUGAGGUGUUGGCAGCUUUGGCGUGUAAAGGGCCGGGAGAUGGUGCAAUUAACUCUUCAAUCUCGAAUAUACACUCUGCUCUCAGCCCUGUUCUAUCUGAUUGUAGGCAGCUUAUGUCCUUUUUGUCCUGUACCAUCCAGCAUCUUCACAGGGAGGGGAUCCCUGUUGCUCAUGAAUUAGCAAAACGUGCCCUUCAUGCAGAGGCUGAUGAAUAUUGGAUUGAAGAGGUUCCCAUGGGUAUCGCGCCCAAUUAGUGACAGGACAUAAGCCUACUACCUGUAUUAAUUGAGCUUUGUAAUUCCUGUGUUUUAUAUGUGAAAUAAAGUGCAUCGUUUCAUAUAUAAAAAAUAAAAAAAGGAAUGCUCUCAUAUCACUAUAAUCAGGGACAGCUUUGAUUUCUUUUUAUUCUCAUUUUCAUUAGGCACUUAGCUAGGCUUCAGUUAAGCCAAUUCUGUUGCCUACCUUUGUACUUAUAAAUAUAAUUGGACUUA